UCACGGAGGCGGCUUGCUGCCUUGUGCCGCGUUUUGAAUCCUCGAGGUGAAACUUCGUUGAAGUGGGCAUCGAAGGUGGCAAGGAGUUGCGACUCACUCACACCAGAGGACCGUUUGUGCUUGGAGCGAGGACGGAGAAAGUCAGUUGACAUUACUGCAGCGCAGCGGAAGGGCCGAGAUUACAUCUAGCGGCCGGUGUGCGGAUGGAGUGUGCGCUGGAAACGACCCUGUAGACGUACUGGCUGUGCCUAGCAUGCACCAGCAGGCGACCGUAAACAGAGCUCCACUGGCUAUUUCGGGCGGGCAGUUGGCGAAGGGACAAUAAUUAUUUCCAGAGUAAUACACAGUCGUUAUUUAUCGCUGUCACAACUACUACUAGACCUAGAACGUAACGACUACGUAGACGGUGAGUGAGUGAACAGUUGAAAGGCACUUCCGACAGCGGAACGUUGGCUCAAAGUUACUUGUUGUCGAAGCGAGCAGUGGACUGCCUCUUCGUGCGCCUCCACUCCGGUCGGUGAAAGAGUUGCGGAGUCAACUCCGGCAGUGCUAGAACUUGAGUACAACCGCUGGGGCGGACGCUAGCUCAGAUGAGUUUCGUUGUCACAGCCCGCUCCGUUAGCGUGCCGGCGGCGGCAUCCUCGGACAGCUACAGGGGAGCGAUGGCGGAGUCGCGAGGUUCGGACCCCGGCGAAGAGUACUACCUAUCUCUGCAGGGACCAGGUCGUCAGUUUUGGCCGGAAGUCGGAGCUGACGACAGCGUCUUUUCCGCAGAGCGUGACGUGCGCGAGGCCACUCGUCAGGCACGUCAACCCACCAGACGAGGUGGUGGCCGUGUGGCGGCAAUAGCGUCUCAGUUCCAGGCAGUCAUUUCAGGCUUUGACAGCAUGAAGGGCCGUAGCACAAGGAAAUUCUCGUCCAUUGCUGACCGCAUUGAAGCCUUCACAAAGGCCAGCGGGAGUGGCAGCAGCAGCGGCAGCAGCACCCCUACCAGCACUGCAAAGUCCACUACGGCCUCACCUCGUACAACAUCGGCAUCCGCCCGUGUUGUCGGCAUGGGAACAGGCAGCGCGCAGUCACCGGCGCGAGCCAACUCGCCGAUCGGCCGCGGCAGCGCUGCUUCGAAGAUCCCGACUGCGGCCAGUUCCCGUGCCAAUCGCUCCGUUUCCACGGCAACGCCGCCAUCGCAAGAUGUGCGCGGCCCUCGGUCCAGCUCGCCAUCAUCAUCAUCAUCAUCAUCAUCAUCUUUAUCAUCAUCAUCCUCAUCAUCUCCGGCACCGGUGUCACUGAGAGGGCUGGCUAAGCGGUCGGUGUCCACGGCCGCUGCACCUUCAUCAUCAUCGCUCUCCUCAUCUCCUGGCAGCAGCAGCGGUCUGGCACACCCGAGGCAGGUCGCGCGUCACAUGUCCGAGCCCGUCACGGCCGUUCGCAGCGCGGGCAGCAGGCUGGUGCACCCUGUCUCACCUAUGCUACGGUCCUCCCCGGCCAACACACCGCCGUCUCUUCCCAAGUCUUCGCCGCCAGCCCUGCCGAGGAGCUCCCCACCGCCGACCAGCAUCCGUACAACGAGCACUCCCCAGGGCACACCGCCCUUACCCAAAGCUCCUAUUCCCAACUACUCGCCCAGCUCCAGCAAGAGAUCGUCGCCGAGCACCAGCGGACGGUCUUCGCCGACGUCAUCGCGCCGUAAGCCGUCCAACUUGGCCGUCACGCGUCACCUAAGCCAGCCUGCUCCGGUCAUGCGCGACAAACUGUCGAUCGGCGCGGGGGACGCCAAGCUACAUAAGAGUAAGUCUACGUCGGACGAGGAAGUCUCCAUGUACAGCAGCAGCAGCAACGACUCCGUGACGGUUAGGCAGCCCAGGCUGAAUGUACCAGCGGCAUCGGAUAGCAGUCGAGAUGUGGUCGGCGAGCUCAUUCCCCUAUCUCGGGCGUCGAGCGGAAAGUCUCCACAGAGGCGUGACAGCGGCUGCGAGUCGAGCGAAUCGAUCAACGGAUCGCCCGAACUCUCGCCGCCGAUGUCAUCCCUGCCAGGUGGCUCCGUGUUCGGCACUGCCGAUACAAAGGGGACACCGUCUGAGGACGAUACGACGCUGUCCACCUCCUCCGGCUCCUCUCUAUCCGACGGGAUUGUCAGCACAAGAUCCGCCUUAUCUAGACCUACCGCCAGCAGCGCCAGCACCAGCAGCCGCAUGAACAUCCGCAGCAGCAGUACCAGCAGCAAAAAGGGUUCACCCAGCGUCACGAAGGCUAGCCCCAGCGCUGGCGAUGCCAUCGAUAUGGAACUCCAACAGACGUGUGCCGAGCGAGAUCACCUGCAGCUGGUGCUGAAAAAAGCUGAAAUGCAGCUGUUUGCCGUCGAGAAGGAGAGGCACGAUCUCAUCAAGAAGAACAAUAAACUCCAAGAGGAGCUGGAAGUGGAGGAGGCUGACAGUCGCAGCAGCACACUGCUCUGGAAGGACACGCGCGAGCACGCAAUCGGCUGCAUUCAGGACGGCCGCAACUUCUUCCUGCAGCAAGAGUCGCCCGUCUGGCAUAGCGUCAUGGUGGACUUGCUGGAUGAAACCCUGGCCGUGCUGGGCGGCGCACUGCCAGCACAAGUUCCCGCGAGUACGUGCAGUAAUGCCGUAAGAGAAUCUCUGCAACGCCAGCUGGAGACCAUCAGCAAGCAGCUGGAGGAGGCGCGCCGAGAGCGUCGCGCUCUCACAGACAAGAGCCAGGCGUGGGACAGAGAACGUCGGCAGCUUCAGGUCGGCCUCACCAGCGCACAGCAGAGGCAGACGUCGGUGCAGAGCGACUCCAGCGAGCAACUGGCACGCAAGGAACAGCAGCUACGUGACCUGCAGUCUAAAUGUAAGCUGCUUGAGCAUGAGAAGGAGAGGGAGGUGAAACAGGCCAGGCUAGUCGGCAGCCGUGCAAAGACGCUGGAGUUGUCGCUGGAAACUGCCAGACAAGAAAUCCUCCAGGCGAAUCAGCAGCAACAUGAGCUGUCCCGUCAACAUGAGGGUGAACUGUCCAUUCUCCGCAACACUAUCCGGGAUAUCCGGAGGGAAAAGGGCUCGAAGGACGACAGCUGGAAGAAACAGAUGCAAACCGAGCGAGAGCAGUAUGAACUGAAGCUCCGCGAUCAGAAAGCGCAGAUCCAGCAGCUGGAGGAUGAGACCGACGAGCUCACACAGAAACUUCAAGAAGUCGAAGAAGAAACACAAUCCAGGACUGUCGCCGACGCAUCGGCGCACGACUCACCGGAUGGCGGCAGCAGACAACACCGUCAACAGCAGGAUGUUGCUGCCAAGGCUCCGUCGUCCACGCGCCAGAUCGACGAGCUGACGAGGAAAAUCGACAAGCUUGCCGAUGAUCUGGUGAAGGAGCGGGCCAUGAAACUGCAAAUGCAGGCGAGAAUCGAGAAACUCGAGUCCGAGAAGACGACGACGUCAUCGCAGUCGGCCAUGGCGUCAUCGAACUCGCCCCGUGUGACGCCGAUGACAUCACGCGAGUCGUCGCCGGGCGUAUCGUCGCAGCGUAACUACUCGUCUUCGCCGUUGCCAGCGCGGGGAUCAUUCCUUGCCAAGGCUAGCCCUCCAACACAAGCAGCGGGUGUUCAACGGACGGUUGCCCCGCCAUCGUCCCUGUCCACUUCACAGCCUGUCCAGGCCAGAAGCCACACCGGUGCACGUCCACAGGCAUCGUCAACCAACCGCCACACCAUCUCCGAGUUCUCCUCGCACCGCUCCCAGUCCGACGAGCAAACGUCGUCACAGAGCACGGCACACCUCCUACCCAAAUUUGGCAGGCACUUUAGCACGUCCAACGCUGCAACGUCACCGGGCACGAGCAGGGCAGUCACUCCGGGCUCGCCGUCCAUGACUGCGAACAUUGGCACCAGCCCGGGCCUCAACCACUGGAAGAAGCUGUCCUCGACCGUCCAGGCCGCUUCCAAGUUCCAGGUGAAGAGCAAGCGCGGCGCCCUGCUGCAGUGGUGUAAGCAGCACUUGAACUGCGAGAACGUCGACAUUCAGAACUUUCAUCGUAGCUGGCGCAACGGAAUUGCCUUCUGCGCACUGCUGGAACAUUUCCAACCAGGCACCAUUGACGUGGCCUCGCUGGAUCCAAACAACAUGGCGUACAACUUGAAUCUGGCAUUCGACGAAGGAGAAAAGAUAGGGAUUUCCAAGCUCCUGGACACCGAGGAUAUAGUGGAGAUGGAACAACCAGAGUGGCACUCCGUAAUGACGUACGUCUCUGCCGUCUAUAACCACUUCCACCCCAAGAAGUGAUUCGUAGUUCCAGAGCACCACUCUGCUGAUGGCUGUUUGUGUACAGUACUUGUGUGUCUGGACAAGCCUCUCUGGUCUGAUACAUGACACCUGGUGACUUGUCCAUUCUACGCUGUGAUGUCCUGCUUCUCUCUACGCUGUGAUGUCCUGCUUCUCCUUGCACGGUGAUGUCAUGUGAUGUAAUGCUGCCUGCACGAUGAUGUCACUCAUUUGCCAUGAUGCCACCGGCAUAUGUCUUUUGUUACCUACAUGACAAUGAUGAUGAUGUCAUUGUAUCCAUGGAAUGAUGUCAUUAUGAUUGAGUGGCCCUGUCAUGAUAUUCGCACAGAGUCCGUUGCUAGUCUUGUCCUGCAUCCCAGCAGAUGUGUUACAGCUUCUCAGUAAUCGACAGCAGCAGCGUGGUUACCAAAUUGUAAUGGCGAUCAUAAGCUCAUCUUCCAGUGGCCGUUAUGCCCUGGCUCCGGUGUUAGUAGUGCCUGUUGUGCCCUGGCGUCACCUCCGAUGUUCUGCCCGAGUGACGCUACAGUGAUGUAUGUACGUUUGUGACCGUGCCAGCGGGUCCCUGGCAGUGCUAUGCUACCUCGGUGCGCCCCCUCUCACUGCCUCAUUGCCUCUAGCUUGACCGUGCCAGUGGGUCUCUGUCAGUGCUCUGCCUCGGAUUGCUAUCCCUGGGCCCUCAUUGCCUCACUGCCUCACUACCUCUAGCUUGACCAAGCCAGAGGUCGCAGUAACACCAAUGCAACGUUUUCGUCUGACACUCCUCACCCGAGACCCGAGAUAAACUGUUUUUGUAACCGAUGUGUUCUCCAAGUUGCCAGGCUGGAUCCGCCGUACGCUCAUGCGUGCAGCUUUGCCGAAUCGCAUCGCACCACACGGAGCCUCAAAUACAUCUUGACUUCAACGACAUUGAACGCUUGACCUGACCUUGACCUGUUCCUUUUUGUUGUGUUUUGUGUGAACUGCAUACAUUUGUGAGAUGUGCUCUUUUCUUUCUUUGUCCUUGUCGCUGCCAUGUGUGGUGCUGAGUACCCCCCCCCCCCCCCCUACUGUGCGAGCGUACGUGUCGAUGAACGUGGCUUGAGACUGCACUGAGGCUCGCAUCACCCCGCCCCGAACACAGCACUUGACAUGCACGGCCGAUGUUUGUAUAUGCGAGUGUGCACACUGUGUUGAGUGUGCCACUCCGGUGCACACCCCCAGCCGAAAUGACGACGUCCCAUUAUACAGCGAACGGAGUGCGUCCACCAUCGGCACCAGUUUCGUCCUGUGCCCGCGAUCAUUGCCGGAUGUACCACAGCUGUCCAUUACGUGUCCCCAUCAGAAGUUUAGUCUGCCCUCAACGGAUAUAGAGAUUGUCAUAUAUACUCGUUUACACACCGGAUUGAACUGCUCCCUAUCUGAUAUUAGAACUGUAGCAUCCGUCAUUAUUAUAGUCGCUGCCAUAGUUACAUUUAGUAGAGAUACUAGCCGCCAGCCCUAUACCAGUAUAUUCUCUGUCAGAACCGGGCCCAUGCCUGCUCUCUUCAAUGUCGUAUCUAUUUUGUUAACGAUGGUGUCGUUGUUUUCACAGUGUGAUGUCGUCGAUCCAUGUAAAAAUCAUUAUUAAACUGACUGUCGCACCAGUAUAGUCGUGUAUACGCGGCCGAGCUAGCUCGAGUGCCGCCCUAAUAACUUAUGAUUUGUUUGUUGUUUGUUUGUAUUGUUUAUUUAGAGUGAUGAUGAUCAUUGAAUUAGCUAGACUGUUUUGACUAGAGACUAUGAUGCGGCAACAGAGUUGAGUGGCAUGGCACUGCCCGCCGCACCGUGACUGAGUAUACUUUGAAGUAGAGUUGAGUGUGCGUGUGCAAUGUGUGCCUACGCGAG